GUUCAAGAGAGAAAUACAGUAUAAGCUCCCUUUCGAUUGGAUCCAUUUUUCUUUCUUUAUUUUUUUGCUUCUCUCUCUACAUUCCCACUCUCUCUCUACCCAAAUACGCGUCUAGCUCAAAUCCCCUCGGUUUUGUUUGUUUGUUGCAAGAAGAGAGUUAAAAAAGACACAAACUUGUUUGAAGCUGAGCAAAGAAGAUUCAUUAAAAAUGAUGACCUUAAUUUGAAAAUUUCACUUGGAAAUAGCCUCAAAUUCAGGGCUUUCGCCUUACCCUCUUUCCUCAUUUUAAGGAUUUGGUGGUGGUAGUGUGGGUUUGUGUGGAGGACCAGACAUUUAAGUUGGGAAAAUGUCAAGGCCACUCCAUCGGGGUGUAUCUGGUGGUGGAAGAUUAUCGGGGAGCAAUAAUGACUUGUGGACUGACUCUCAGAUGAAAGAUAGUACAGAUAAAGAUGACAUUGACAAAAGUCGUCUCCGUUCUGAUCAAUCCUUUUUGUCUCUUAAAUUUCCUUUUCGGCUACCUUUUCAAGAUAAUUCCCCUUCUAAAAUCAGUGUUGGUGAGAAUGGUUUUAUAUCUGAUCAGUUCAGUCCUGCAAGUAUGAGGAACCGCCAUAAAUUGAUUUUGCUUUUUCUCAAGAUUAGUUUAGCUGCAAUUGUAAUACUUGCUCUUACUGGCUCAUUUUGGUGGACAAUAUCCAUUAGUAUUGCAUCAAGAGGUCAGAUAUUUCAUGGAUAUAGACGACUUCAGGAGCAACUUGUGUCAGAUUUGUUGGAAAUUGGAGAGCUUUCUAGUGGUACUGCAAGAUUCAAAGAACUGGAUUUUUGUUCUGAUGAGUCAGAAAAUUAUGUUCCUUGCUUUAAUGUUACCAUGAAUCUUGACUUGGGCUUUCCCAAAGGUGAAGAAAAUGACCGUCAUUGUGGAUCUUCGUCCUUGCAAAAUUGCCUGGUGCUUCCGCCUGCCAAUUACAAAAUUCCAUUGAGGUGGCCUACUGGACAAGAUGUCAUCUGGGUUUCAAACGUUCAGAUUACUGCACAGGAGGUACUUUCCUCUGGAAGUUUGACAAAACGGAUGAUGAUGCUAGACGAGGACCAGAUAUCUUUUAGAUCUGCAUCUCCAAUGUUUGAUGGUGUUGAGGACUACUCUCAUCAAAUUGCAGAAAUGAUCGGUCUCAGAAAUGAAUCUAACUUUUUACAGGCUGGGGUUAGAACUAUUCUGGAUAUAGGAUGUGGUUAUGGUAGUUUCGGAGCACAUCUUUUCUCGAAACAGCUAUUGACGAUGUGCCUUGCGGAGUUUGAGGCUUCAGGCAGUCAGGUUCAACUAACUCUAGAAAGAGGUCUUCCAGGGAUGCUUGGUUCUUUAACUUCGAAACAGUUUCCUUAUCCGUCACUCUCUUUUGACAUGAUACAUUGUGCUCGUUGUGGCAUUGACUGGGAUAAGAAAGAUGGUAUUCUUCUGAUUGAAGUUGACCGGGUCUUGCGUCCUGGAGGAUACUUUGUAUGGACAUCACCGAUCACUAAUACACAGGGAUUCCUUCGAAAUAAAGAGAAUGAAAAACGCUGGAAUAUUGUCCAAAAUUUUGCCUCAGGUCUUUGCUGGGACAUGUUAUCACAACAAGAUGAAACUGCUGUAUGGAAAAAGACUAGCCUGAAGAAAUGUUAUGCUUCUAGGAAAUCCGGUUUCGGUCCUCCUCUAUGCAGUAAGCGCCAUGAUAUUGAAACUCCUUAUUAUAGUCUGCUUCAAACGUGCAUAGGGGGAACACAGAGCCGCAGAUGGGUUUCCAUUGAAGAUAGGGCGCCAUGGCCUGCUAGGUCUAAUUUGCAAUCCAAUGAAAUUCAAAUUUAUGGUCUGGGUCUACAUUCAGAGGAUUUUGCUGCGGACGCUCUAAAUUGGGAUUCUGCAGUCAAAAACUUUUGGUCUCUACUUUCACCCUUGAUAUUUUCGGAUCAUCCCAAGAGACCUGGUGAUGAGGAUCCUUCUCCGCCAUAUAACAUGGUCAGGAAUGUGUUAGACAUGAAUGCCCGUCUUGGCGGUUUUAAUUCUGCUCUGUUAGAAGCAGGGAAAUCUGUUUGGGUCAUGAAUGUAGUGCCAACAACUGGACAAAACUACCUUCCCCUCAUCCUUGAUAGAGGAUUUGUUGGUGUGCUGCAUGACUGGUGUGAAGCUUUUCCAUCUUACCCGAGGACCUAUGAUAUGGUUCAUGCUGAAGGACUUUUAUCUCUUGAAACUGCACAAAAGCGAAGAUGCUCGAUGCUAGAUUUGUUUUCUGAGAUUGAUCGUUUACUUAGACCGGAGGGGUGGGUGAUAUUACGUGACACAACUUUACUGAUUGAAUCAGCCAGAUCCCUGGCACCGCUCUUGAAAUGGGAUGCUCGGGUUGUUGAGAUUGAGAGUAACAGUGAUGAGAGACUACUAGUUUGCCAGAAACCCUUCUUCAAGAGACUAGCAAACUGAGGUGUACACGAAAAGAAAGCACAAAAUGUAGAUGAAAUUUUCAUAUUCGUUUGUAUGGAUCUAAAGUAAAGAGUCGUAAAGUUCCACCGCUACAGGGUGUUGCAAUAGAAAGUUUUGAAGUGAAAGCUGAAAGAAGAGAAAUGGUUCAUCAGGUAGAACCGACACAACCUAUGGAACCGUAAGGUGUACAUAGGGCCAUGUAAUUACACAAGUGAAGCACAGGGCAGGAAAGAGAAGUAUAGGACUACACAUUACAACAUUUUCCUUGUGAUCUAUCUUCAUAAACUAUACAACCACAUUACAAGUAGAUUCAAAAGCUGUUUACAGAAGAUGCAAUGCCUAUAUAUCUUUUAGUACAUCAACAGCUUCUGAAACAUUUUCACAUUCUCAUUAUAUAUAGCUAAGCAUGAAAUUACUGAGAAUACAUGCUUUUUUGCCACUUA